CGUAAGAUGAGAAUAGCUGAGCGUUGCUAGCUUUUUACCUAAAAACACAAAGGCGGUGAAAAAAGCUUCAUUGAAAGCAACUGUAAGGGUUAAUUUUUAAGAUGUCUUUUGUUAACCUAUCCUGGUAUUUUUAAUCAGUGAGGUAAUUGUUUCAAUUAUGCCAAUCAUAUUUAUGGAACCGUCAACUUUGAAGAUGAAGUCGCAAUAGAUUUAUUGUUCCUUGAUUGUUUCUGUACGCAAUUUUUAGCUAUGCUAACAAGGAUGGUUUUGACUAUUCAUCUGUUUAAAUUUUCAACUGUAUCUUUUGUUCAUCUGACUCAUCGAAAGAUUUUAUAAUGUGCUUAUAUAUUUACAUGCAAGAUUUAUACACCAGACACUGAAGUUCAAAUAGUGUUCUUUACUUCUGCCUGCGACUGGCUCUUAAAAGUUCAUUUGCUUUAUUGUAUCCAUGAAAUCUUGAUCGAUGUGAAUACAUUUGAGGUGAGAAUGAGUUUUCUUUACCAAUUUGUGAUCCUAAUAGGUUUAUCCAUUGGAGUAAUCAGUAACAAUGUUGAACCUUUGAAUAAUUUUGCUAAUCAGCAUGUUAUGAAUAAUAAUCCCGUUAAUAAUCCAACUAAUACUUUCAAUAAUCCAGUUUUACCUAAAAACCUACAUCCAGCUGUUAAUAAGUUGCAGCCAGAUAAUAUCAACCAUAGAAGUAACAAUUUUAACGAGAAAAAUUUUGACAAAAACGACGAUAAUACUGCUCAAAGCAAUUUGAUAAUCGAUGAAACACGAUCUAUUGAUCAGCUUAUUGUUGAUUAUGGCUAUAGUUUCAACAAGUACUAUGUCACCACCAGUGAUGGCUACAUUUUAACUAUUCACCGAAUUAAAAAUCCUUGCCUAUCUGAUGAACCAUUGGAUCCAAUAAUUUUGGGUCAUCCGGCAACUCAAGAUGGUUCCAUUUUUAUAGAUGGUUCACCUUUUUACAACCCAAUAAGUUGUUCAACUGGUGCUGUUGAUGAACCUUUCAACCCAAAUCUUGGUUUCUUGCUAGCAGAUCUUGGCUACGACGUCUUUAUGCCCAGCUUUAGAGGUUUCCGUUACUCAAGAAAUCACACUGACUAUAAUCCAGCCAAGGAUGCGGAAUAUUGGGAUUUUACUUCCGAUGAAAUGGGAAAAUAUGAUGCACCAGCUAUAGUUGAUUUCGUUCUCGGCUUGUCAACAUAUCCUGAAGUGAUUUGGAUUGGCCAUUCAUUAGGUGUUUCCAUACCGUUGAUUCUUCUCGCAACUCAACCUUCCUAUGAAGAAAAAAUUCGCCAUGUAAUCGGUUUGGCUCCUACAACUUUUCUCGGUCAUACCACACACCCAUCAACGAGAUAUUGGGCUGAUUCUGGUUUAGGAAAAGAAAAGCAGACUGAAUUUGGUCCUAAAGAAGACAAUAAAACAACGACUAAAAGAGAAUCGAUAGUUGCUAAUAGAGCCUCUAAUGAAUCUCUUACAAAAUUGUCACGCCAAUAUUUCUAUGACUUUGGUUACGAUCCAGCCCAAACUAAUGUCACUCGGUUACCCGUUUUCUAUGCCCAGCAAACUCAAACAUCAUUAUCAACAUACGUUCAUUUUUCCCAACUUGCUUGCACUCCUUAUUUCAAGGCAUUUGAUGGUGGGAAGAAACGAAACACUCGUGAAUAUGGCAAACCUAAGCCUCCCUUUUACAAAAUAUCACAGAUCAGGAAUGUUACCUUUACAAUUAUGGCCUCACCAAACGAUAAAGUUGCUAAACUUAACGACGUUAAAAAGCUGGUUAAAACUCUGAAAGCUCCAGUUGAUUUAAAGAUCGUCAAAUACAAGAAAAUGAAUCAUUUUGGCUUCUUAUGGUCUCUCAAUCGGCAAAAGCUUGUUAAUGAUGUGAUCGUUGACACAUUGAAUGAAGUCAUAUCAUCAUAAACUUUGCCAGCAUCUUCGCCGUUAAUAUAAAGAAACUCAAGAAGACAAACAAAUUGCUGGUUCCAAAGCUGUUAAAAUCUUGUAUUAUUAAUGCAUAAAUUAUGAAAUAAUGAAAAUUUGAAACUCACAA